AUGAUGAUGAUAACUUAUCAGCCUCAGAUCUCCGAUUGUCGCCAUCAAAACUACACCGUUUGGCAUCCUCAAUACGAUAACCCGUUCCCACUUCACUACUCUUCCUCCGCCCACCGCGUGCCACGGUCUGCUCCGCCGUCACUCGACUCUGCUCCUAAUCGGAAGCCGAAGCGUGCUGCGUGGAAGUCGAAGAAGUCGAAUUUCACUCAGGGAAGACAUUUCCAUAAGAGGCCGAAGACGCCGUCGGCCCCCCGGAACACCACCUCUUUCCUCAUCCGGGCAAAGAAGUCCGGCGGCAUCGUGUCUUCGUCUUCUUCCUUCUCGCCGUGGACACCGGCGGUGCUGCCUACUCCGAUUUUCUCCCCAACGAAGGAGGUGGUCGUGGAGAUGGGUAAAGAACGCUGGGGCAUUGACGGGUACGGCUCCAUGAGUGGCCUUAUCCGUUUGGUCCAUAAUGAAGAUGUUGGUGAUGAUGGACUGAGUCGGUUCGAGAUGAUAUACCCAGUUGAUGGCGGUUGUUGUGGUGUUGGUGUUGGUGGUGGUGGUGGUGGUGGUAAUGGGGUGGCGGCGAGAUUGGAGGAGGAGAACUUGUCGUUGAAGGAAAGGUUGGAUUUCGUGGAGAAGGAAUUGGAGGAGUUGAGAUGCAGAGUUCGGUGCUUGGAGAGUACAGCUGGUUAUGGCGGUAGUGACGAAGUCUGUUCAGAGAAAAGCGUCGGUGAUGGCGAUUGA